AUGCAUAUCACUACAAUCGUUCAUCAUAAGUCAUUUGAAAGUUUUAUCUGUAAUAAUACAAAUAUUAAGCGAUUUCCAGUUUCAUCAACAACAUCAUCAAAUGAUUCAUUUGAUAUAUAUCGAAAAAUUUCUUUAGAAAAAUAUUGUAAUAUAGUACCUAUUCCACGACGUACAUGGUUCAAUGCGCAAACAUAUACUGAAGAUGAGAUUGCAUUUGUUAUUUUUACAUCAUCUAAAUUUUUUCAUACACGAGCCACAGCAACACGUGAUACAUGGCUUUCACGUGUAACAAAUUAUUAUUUUCUUAGUGCAACUCCUUAUCCUUAUUUACCUGUAACUGUUAUUCCCGGUGCUGGUGAAGAUAAAUCAUCAAAUAUGAAAAAACUUUUUUAUGGUCUUCAAAUAAUUUAUCAACAACAAAUGAAUCUUUCUAUAAAUCAACGACAAAAAUGGUUUUAUAUAGCCGGUUGUGAUACAUUUAUUAUUCCUCAUCAUUUACUCAAACGUCUUGAUGGGGUCGAUUAUAGAAAACCUAUUCUAUUAGGUGGUCAUACAGGUGAACAUACAUGUCCAGGAAAAAAUAAUCGAACAUUUCCUGUUGAAUUUCCAUCAGGUGGUGCUGGAUUCUUUUUUAGUAUGAAAUUACUUGAAAUGAUGCAACCACAUCUAACAAAUUAUGUUGAAAAGGUUUGGUCACGGAGAUCUGUAGCAUCCGAUGUUGCACUUACUUGUCUUGCUACUCAAUUAGGUGUUCAAGUAACAAAAAAACUUGGCUUUUGGGCACAUCCACCAGAAUUUACAUUAACUGCAAAUAAACGUCCAAAAUUUCAUAACGAAUCUGAACCAAAUAAUUUUCAUUACAUUGAACCCGAUGAAAUGUAUGCACUAGAUGAAUUUUAUAUUCAACAACAUAUAGACAGAUUAAUAAAUGAUGAAAAUUGGAACGAGUUAAUUAAAUUUACUCGACGUUUUGUAACCAGUCAUUAUGAGUUACUCAGAAAAAAACGCCACGAAUGUACUUUGCCUAAAGUAGGUAAUCAAACUAAAUAA